AUGGCAGGCAUAAUCAAGUUAGUUUGUGUAGUUUUCUUUCUCAGCCUCAUGAGCAAAGGAACUCUCCAAUGCUACCCGGGAACGCUGACACUCAAACAAGUUGCAACUGGAGUUCACAUAAGUAACAAGCCAGAGUGGAGAGUGAUAAUUGCCAACGAAUGCCUCUGUACUCAGUCAGAUGCCAAAAUACUUUGUGCUGGAUUUCAAACCGUAGAGCAAGUCGACCCUAAUAUUUUUGCCAAAUCUGGGGACACUUGUGUCAUCAACAAUGGAUAUCCUAUACAUGGACAUACUUCGGUCAACUUCACAUAUGCUUGGGAUAAUGCUUUUGCAUUUGGCAAAAUAACAUCCCAAGAGAAUUGUUCUUGA